AGGGUAUGUUGUUACUUCAGAUUAUAAAUCAUUAUUUCUUUAUAUUAUGUUAUAUUUAAAUGAAUAAUUGUCUUGGUCUUUUAUUUUAAAAGAUUUUCAUGCGCUUUCACGGGGUUAAGAGUCACAGUGUGCACGUCGGCUGACGUAGCAAGAGGGAUAUAAGUAUUGGCGCGCUCAGAGCUCGGUCUCUUUCCCGAUGUCUGUUGAGAGGAGAGGCAAAAGAGCGACUCAACUGAUAUUGAGAGAGUGACUGCCUGGUUGUGUGUGUUGUACAGGUAUGUAAAUUGAUAUUUAGGAAACACUAUUGCUGUAAUUGUGAAUAUUAAUAUAUUUUUAUAUAAGAAUUAUAUAUAUUCAUAUUGUUAUUAUUAUUAUUGUUAUUUUAUAUUAGUAUUAUACAUUCUGUGUAUGUACAUGUGAAAGUGUAUAUGGAGAGUUCGUUCUCUUUCCCGAUGUCUGUUGAGAGGAGAGGCAAAAGAGCGACUCAACUGAUAUUGAGAGAGUGACUGCCUGGUUGUGUGUGUUGUACAGGCACAAUAAAAUCACCUCAGCACGACCAGAUUUGUGUGGAGAUUUCUUUCCAAAAAAAAAUAAAUAACACAACGCAGAGAAACGACCGCUACAAAACUGGUGCCGUGACCCAUCGAAUGGUUGAUUGCUGUUGACCACCGGGAUUGCUGAACUGGAGUUUGCUGGUGCUGUGGUGUACUGGAGGCGAGAGGGGUCUUCCGUCUUCUGGUGCUAGCUCUGCAGUGGUGUGUGGACGUCCAGCAGGUCAAGUCCUGUGCAGGAAGAGGUGCUACGGGAUAGUAUAUCCUUUAUUGAAGGUGCAGUGUGUGGUACUGGUGAGUUCUGGUUAGCUGGAUCACACAAGCUGGAUCGUCGAGGAGUAUCAUCAAUAAAGUUUAUUGACUGUAUUUUUCAUCAUCAGCUGAUUUCUUGACUUAAGAACUGAGAUACAACCGUGAAUUACAUUUUUUUUCAAGGACAUUUAAAAGUUUUUGAAGUAUUUUUCUCAGAUCAUAUAUAUUUUUGUUUUAUUUCUAUUUGUGUGUGUACAUUUUUGAUUUUGACAUUGUAGUCAUCUGAGAGAAAUGGCUACUAGACAAAGUGGUUUGGGGUGGGACAACACAUUUUCAGUAGGUAGAGGGCGGGGCAGUUUGGUAAAUACGCCAAGUAGGACAGAGCUGUUUGGGGACCCUCAGUACUGUAGUACGGGACGGGGCAGAGCAGUUGGCAACUCUGCCUAUGAAAACAGUGAAAUGUGUGGGAGUCCAUCACCAAGACCCGGUAAUCUUGAGCAUAAUUCUCAGGACACUGAAAUGUCCGGUCAAAUGAGUAAACUCAUAAAGCAAAUUGGUAGUGAGAUUGGACAGUCAAUCAGAGACAGUAUAAUGAGUAGUGAGUUUCCAAAUUCUUUUACUAAAAAGUCCCAAGAGAAAUGCAGCGGCCAUGUGUCAUGUGAUAAAACAAAUACCACCGUCCUUGACGCGUCGAAAAUGAAUUUGAUCCUGAAAGCUGAGGUGACAGCACCUCCACACUUUAGGGGAGACGGUUCGGAUAAAUUUUCGAUUGUGGAAUGGGAGGACAUGAUGAGAGUGUAUUUGAGCAAACUGGAUGUGACUGAUUCUGAAAAGAUUGAUGAGAUAAUUAACAGAGUAAUGGGGCGGGCCAAAGAUGUGAUGAAAGUAUGGCUGCGCAAUGGUACAACAUCCCCUUCUGUUGACUCUGUCUUUUCUGUUUUGAAGCAGCAUUUUGGGGACCAGUGCAGUUCAGGUAUUCCUUUGGCUGACUUCUACUCUGUGAAACCGAAUCCUAGAGAGGGUGCGUGGGACUACUGGAUAAGGCUGAAUAAGGCAGCAGAUGUAGCUGAGCAAAGUUUAAGGUGGGAAGGCAGAACUCUGGACAACAGAAGCAAAGAGUUAGCAGUUAUGUUUAUUCGCAACUGUCCUGACAGAGAAUUAGCUUUUGUUUUCAAGAGUAAACCUGUACAGUCAUGGACUGCAUCAGAGGUGCAAGAACAGCUUGAUGAGUUGUUGAGAGAGCGGAAGUCAACUAAUCAAGCUGUCAAACAGUUUGCCACUAUUGUCUCUGAGCAGGAAGUCGAUGUGACUGCCUUACAUUCCAAGUCUGAGCAGGGUGCUGGAGUUAGUGAUGAAAAUGCACUAGACAAAGUAUUAACUUUGUUAGAAAAAGCGUUAGUGUGCAACACUCAGUCUAUGCGGGGCCCCUGGCCUAAACAAACAGGACAUAAGAUUCGGGAAUGCAAAGUGUGUCAAAGCAGUGAACACAGCACGACUGCUCAUUGUCGGAUGUAUAACUUGUGUUUCAAGUGUUUUGCAGAGGGACACGUAAGUUACAAUUGCAGCAGCGCUCCACCAAGAGUGGGCUCCGGUCAACGUGAUAGUGUCUUGCAGCAGGGAAACUAGACAGCUCCCUUCGGGCAGAGGACGAAGUGGGGCUGUGUAGUAACUCCUCUGGUGAGAUUAAUAUUGAAUCUGUUUAUUACUCCGUCUGUGACAGCGUUGAAAAUACCAAAACUGUCGUUUUCCAAAACAGUAUGCAAGUUGAACCAAGUAGUAGUUUGUUCUAUGCAAGCGUGCUUUUGCAGGACAAAGUUGAGGUCCAGGGUAUGUUGGACAGUGGCUCGAUGGCGACUACAUUGAGUGCGGAUGUGGUUCCUCAACUCAGAGAUGCCGGGGUGCUGAACCAAGACAUCCGCAGUUCCUCAGAUAUUGUUUUGGUAGGUUGC